AAAGUCUCGAAUCUCAAGCAGAAGUGCGCCAUUUUGUAGUGUUUUUUCUCGCUGAAGCAUCCUAAAACUGCGAGUGUUUUAGAUAUCGCUGUGGCGUUGUUUUCAAUCGAGUUUUUCUUUGUUUUAGCACCAAUGUUUAUACACCUUGCUCGAAAGAGGCCCACUGUUUUGCCCAAUUUCCAGCAGUUCCGAUGCCGCGUUGAACAUGUAGUUUGAAGAGUGUACCCAUAACCACAUGUAAGCGAGAAAACAAACGGCAACUUCUGUUACGAGUUGUGAAGGAAAUUCCACCGCCUGGCUACUGUGCAACCUAUACACGGCCCUGGGCUGAAGUUUGCAGUGAGUGUUUCGGUGGUGUUGCUUUGUUCGAGUCAAGUGGUGGUGGUUGGAAGCUAGAAUAAACAUGGCGGCGAAUCGCAAACACUACUCCUCCAAAGAGGACAUCCCUAAAGAAGGCGACGAAGGCGGUGGCAGUGAUGAGGGUGGUGGAGGUGGUGGAAGCACUUCACCGACCGAACCAAACAAACAUGGUAAGGACGAGGUGGACUUUGUGCUGACAUCUUCCAAGACAAAUGGAGCAUCGAUAGCCAGUGGGAAGAAAGGACAGGAAGGAGAUUCGGUCCCCAAAACAGGCGUGACGCUCGACAAGUUCAACAUAUUCCACCUACGCCGGCGACCAAAAAGUGACCCCGGCACGGGGCCAAUUGCAAAGCACGCUGCGGGUCAACAGAUGGCAUCGCAACAAACGGCAAAUGGCGCCGGUGUUCCGACCGGUGCGGAUGAAACGCUCAAGAAGAAAAAGUCACGGUUCGUGAAGAGUGCCUCGAUAGCGCGCAUCUUUGGCAAUACCUACAAUACCAAAAAGUAUGACGAUAGCAGCGCACUGCUGAAGCUGCAGCAGUUCAAGCGUAGCUUCCUGAACAGUGAAAAGUUCCACAAGAAGGACAGUGGGGCUGGUGCACCCGAGGACACCGACGAAGGAGAGCUGCAAAUCGGUGACUCGUGCUAUGUGAACGAUAGCGAGAACAGUGCAAAGGCAAUCAAGUCGAUCACACGCGGGCUGGGACGAUUGUUGAGGCGAAAUUGUCACAGUAUCGAUAUCAGCCGGCCGGAUCCGGAGUACAAGGUGUCUUACCUCGGCAACGUUCUUACUGGAUGGGCAAAAGGUGAUGGAUGCGUGGAGAAACCACUGGCUACCCUGUGGCGUAACUACACCCAAAACAGCAAACCGGACGUGAUGAUGAAGCUAUGCCUGUGCCCAUCCGGUCUGAAGGCGACCACCCGCCAGCACGGCCUUACCGAGUACUGGUCGCAUCGGAUCACCUACUGCAGCUCGCCAAAGAACUAUCCCCGGGUGUUCUGCUGGAUUUACCGGCAUGAAGGCCGCAAGUUAAAGCAUGAGUUCCGCUGUCACGCGGUCAUUUGUUCCAAAGAAACGAUCGCCCAGGAGAUCAGCACUGUCCUGAAGGAAAACCUAGCCAAAGCCCUGCGCGAAUUUAAACGCGACAAACUAAACCGCCAGAAUGCACGCCUCAGUCUGGCAAACAGUGUGUACGACAAUCCGAGCAUGCCGCGAAGGAAGAUUAUGUUGAGUGUCGGUGCUAACAACUAUCGGCCACCGCUCGAACGCUCCAAAUCCGCCCCGAAGCUGAUGGCCAUCGAGGAGAUGAUUGGCGAAGAGGACGAAGAAGAAAACGAAGGAAAAGAGGUAGAAGGAGCGGUGGGUGUGCGUACCUCUAAAGCUGGAACCAGCAACGGUGGCAGUACGGUGUUGGAAGCGUGCUGCCGGGAGGAUGCGCUGUUCCCCUCGACCACCCUUGGACGGCGGCGUUGUCGUCGGGGGCAUUCGAUACGACGGUCACGGUUGCGGAAUUCGUUCAAGUCGCCGAAGGACGUGGAGGCACGUGUACCGCUCAAGAACGAGAACAUCGUGCACAUUAGUCCGAUGAACAAAUCGGUCGACUCCAUCCUCGACACCAUCAGCCAGGAGGAUGGUGAAGAGGAUGAGCAUGAUUUGGAGAGGGAAAACGGGGAACCGCAUCCUGAGGCCGGCUUGGCACAGACGGAACCGAAGCCCAGUUCUAAGAUGGGAAAAGCUUCAAAGUUAUCCCACAACUCCGAUUCGUCGGAGGAUGACUUUGAAUCGUUUCUAGCGCACUAUAAUUACAACUCGAGCGAACCGCUCUCAACGGAACUGAUCUCGUACUUUGACAUGAAGCUUAACCCGAACACCGUUUGCAGCAUGCAUGACCUCAGCCAGCACCAUGGUAGCCUCCCAGUAACGUUGGAAGACACGCAGCGACUAGCGCUCAGUUUGGACGACUUGGACAAUUACUCGCUUCCGGGAGUGGUUAGCGAAUCGGAUGCACCGGAAGCGCGAACCCGGGAGCUUAAAGAUCGGGACGUGGACCUGGAAACGGAUGACGUGUUCUUCAACCAGGACGAGGUGCUGGAAAUGCUUCGCACGGCUGCAGAAUCAGCCGCAUCGUCGUCCGUUUCCCACCGUCGCCUUUCCGACGAACGGCUCCGACAUUCGGAUUGUCUACACGCCGAAGACGACACGGCACCACCGUCGCUGCUGUGUGUGACGAGCAAGUUGCAAGCGGCCGGCGGAGCAACCCAUCCGGACAGUGACGAAGGUUCCAUAUCGAGCGGAUGCGAAACGUCCAGCACGGUUACGACCAACACGGACGACUCGGGUGCAAGUGGUAAUGGAUUGAUUACGGGACGGAAUGUCACAGUCGUUUCCCUUGGGAAACCAGGAUCGGUGCUGGAGCGAGUGCGAAGCUUUGAACAGUUGGCUGAAAACCAAGUGAUCCAUGUGCCGCUCGGGGAACGUACCGGUCAUCAAGUGGCACAAGACGCAGGCAGCGUCACAGCCUCACCGGAAUUGAUCUUCAAGCGCAGUAUCACCUUCCCAGCACCUGGCGUAAAGUCAAGCUUUCUUAUGCCCAUGACGAUGGCUGGAAGUGCAACCGGAGCUAGUGAGCCAAUCGAUUCUCCUCUGGACUCGUUAAACAGUUCAAUUGUCGAAGCGCAACGGGACGACGAAUCUCACCACCAGACAACCAAGCCGAAGGUGCGCCAGAUGCGCCUAAAGUCAACCGUGGCCGCAGUCAACACCGAGCUGAUCAAUCAUCUGCAGGCGAUCGAUUCGGAUUCCGAAUUUAGCGACGAGUCCGGUUACGUCGAGUUCCAGGACAAUCAACCAUCGAUAAAAUCGGUCACGGCUUGAUGCAAGGCGUCGAAAACAGAUGAUAGUUGUUAGCGCUGCUACUGGUUCAAGAAGAAGGAACAUUCUUUAAGGACAUUGAUUCGUUUACCUGUCGUCAAUGCGAGUUCGUAAAGGAACUUGCACCUCGGAAGCAAGAUUAGUAUUUUCAAACCCAUAAUUUCUAGGCUAGGUUUACGUGGCUAUUGUUACAUGUUACUAGUACACUAAUUUAAUGCUCUAGAACAGAUUAGAUCCUCGGCUGAAGGUCACGUGUGAGAAUGAGUGCACGGCGAAUAUAUAACUAUUGGUUAGUUUCCAUUUUUGUUAAUCCAAACCUUUGUUUACAUUGUUGUGCAGUGUGACAAAGAAGAACGGUCCCAUACAGGACUCGCAGGGUGAAACACAGUGUGGGAAGCAGAUUUGCAAUGGACAUAAGGACUCCUCCUUCCAGGCAACUGCAUGCUAUUGCUUCGUUGUUACAGAUUUGGCGUUACAGUACAGUUAGCCGCUAGCAUAAGCAGUUGAAUUUCGAUCGUAAUCGCCAGAACAUUCUGGUUAAUACAGAGUAGAACACACUUUCGUGGCAGUGGAUCGCAAAAACUGCAAAGGUUUGCACGAUCCAAUCAGAUACCAAAUAAAUUAUUUUAUAAUUAUUGUCCAUAGAUACAGAUACAGCAAGCUACGCUUAAUUAUAACAUGGAAAGCAAAUGGAUAUUAUGUUGGUGUCCUGACGCCCUGAAAGAUAAAGGAACGAUGAAUCUAAUUCCGGAAGAUAUUGAAACUUACUCUCUCCCAUAGAACCCCGGUUACCCGGUAUAGAUUACUACCACAAACUAUUCAUCAUGGGUUUCCGUGCUGCAAGUAGGGAAGGUAACUCCUCCAAACAAGAAUCUGUUUACUUCCACCAGACGAGUUGUUUUUUUUUCGUUUUACUGUCGCACACUAAGGGAUAAAGUAGACUUUGCAGACUCUGCACGCCGAAGAAGUAAAAGCUUCCAUGGCACGACUAAUACAUAUAACUGCGCAUUAUGGGAACAAGGGAUCACAAAAGAUAACGUAUAGUUAACCGUGGGAGGGAAAAUAAGGUAGCGCGUGGCUUAUACAAUAACCUGCAUAUGGGAAAGGCAAAUGUCGGUUGGAUAUUGUACAGGAUCGCUAGCACAAAAGGGGAAACGCAUGCUGGAUGCAUGGAAGCUGGAAAACCAAGACAUUAGACUAUAUUAAGCCAGUGGAAUUGUUGUUUGUCUCUCACUCUCUACUCCACGGAGAUCAUGUAUAAGGAUCGGGGCAGGGAACGAGUAUAUUUAUUGAUACCCACGUUCGGAAAUGUUAUUCUUCCUUGUAUUUGUCACAAGUUUCUAUGAAAAAUAAAACUUUAAACUGA